AUCCCCAACGAAGCCGCCCUGUCACUUCCAAUUUUUAUUUCUCGUACCGUAACCGUGUCAGAAAGUUAGGGUUUCUACUGGUUAUACUAUUCAAUUGCAGAUUGCCAAAGAAUUCUCACUUCGUUGUUGUACUUUGAUCAAAGUUGUCACAUACUCAGAUGAUACAUUGAUAGACUCGUGCGAAGAACAGGACUUGAACUAUGGGGAAGAGGAAGUCAAAAGCAAAGCCACCACCAAAAAAGCGGAUGGACAAGCUUGACACUGUUUUCAGUUGUCCAUUCUGCAACCAUGGCAGUAGUGUUGAAUGCCGCAUUGAUAUGAAGAACUCAAUUGGCGAGGCCAUAUGCAGGAUUUGCCAGGAGAGCUUCAGUACUACUGUAACAGCUUUAACUGAGCCAAUAGACAUAUAUAGUGAAUGGAUUGAUGAAUGUGAACUAGUCAACAACGUGGAUGAUGAUGGUGCUGAAUAGCAGACUUGAUGAUGCUGAGAGUGGUUCAAGUUUUCCUUCAAAUCCUGAAUUUUACUUUUAACCUGCUUAUUGGUGAGAGUAAUGGGAGUAAUUAUGAAUUAUUAGCUGAUAUAGUAGUUAUGUCGGCCGGUCGAUUGAAGCUACUACGAUUUUGAGGCUAGCAAUCAAACUUAGUAAAAUAUUUGCACUUCAAAACCCCUCGCGAAAGAGACUUUCCAAUUUCACUGCUUAUUGCUUUUGGAAAUUUUUUGUAUUGAAGUUAAUACUUAAUAGUAGUAUCUUUAUGUUGUACAUGAUACACACCUUUGCGGGUUUAUAAAUUACCUUCUUCCA